AUGCGUAUACAUGUACUCGCUCUUCUCAAUCUGCUAGCCCCUGCGGUAUUGGGCUAUGUGGUUAACGAGGGCACAACUUGCGAAAUCUACCCGGAAGCCCUAACACAUAAUGGCAAGGCAGUCGAUGAUGCACCAUCUAUUCACCAAGCUUUCGACCUCUGCGGAAUCAAUGGUACUGUGAUCUUCACCAACAACACAUUCAACGUCAAUUCGGUGCUCAAUACUACCAACCUGAUCAACUGUGACGUCUCUCUUAGGGGAGAGUUGCGCUUCUCCACAAAUAUUCCUUACUGGAAAUCACAUGUCUUUUCAGUCAUAUACCAAAAUCAAUCGACAGCCUGGUUAUUUGGUGGUACCAAUGUCACCCUGCGUGGUGAAGGAGGUUGGAUCAACGGCAAUGGCCAGACGUGGUACACCGAAAACAAAAACGAAGCCAAUCAGCCCGGUCGACCUAUCAGUAUCACAUUCUUCAAUUCCACAAAUCUGUUAGCGGAUGGACUCACUAUCCUCCAACCACAAUUCUGGGCAACCUUUGUCUGGCAAAGUACCAAUGUCUCCCUGACCAACUUCUUCGUCAACGCUACAAGUGACGACCAAUGGGACACGACAAAUACAGAUGGUUAUGAUUCGUGGCGAAGUAGCAAUCUCCUAAUUGAAAAUGCUACUAUCACUAAUGGUGAUGACUGCAUCGCUGCAAAGGGUAAUACGACGAAUCUGUUGGUUCGAAAUGUCACCUGUUACGGCUCGACAGGUAUGACUAUCGGUUCGAUUGGACAGUAUCCGGCCUGGCCAGAUUAUGUCGAGAAUAUAACCUUUGAUAGCGUGCGGUGCGUGAACUGUACCGAGGGUGCAUAUAUCAAGACAUGGCAAGGAACGCCGGUCGAUAAUGAUUCGAACGGCGAUUCUGGCGGUGGCGGCGGUGGUCUGGUCAAGAACGUCACUUUCAGUAACUUUGAAAUGGUCAAUACCCACCUGCCCAUCCAGAUCUCCCAAUGCAUCUACAGCGAGUCCAGCGGCGCAUGCAACACGUCCAAACUCCAGAUUGAGGAUGUCUCCUGGGUCAACAUCACAGGCACUUCGGCAUAUAACAUUGUCGCUUCGAUGUAUUGUUCAGAUUUGGUCCCUUGUCCGGGAAUCAAGUUCGAUAAUGUCACCUUCCAAUCGGUGAACCACACGCUUGGAUUGCCAAUGUGGAAUACGACAUUACAGGAUGAGGUUUAUCAAUGUGCCAACAUUAUCAAUCAAAACAGCUCUGGUAUUCCGUGCAAUCGUGUUGCUCCUGACAAUUUCGGGCAGGGGGUUUCAUCAAAUGUACAAUGA